UUUGUUUGUUUUGUAAUGUUGUCUUUAACCUCUUCCUUAUAAAGAUUUUUCCCUCAAUAAAUGGGGGCAGCCAUAUAAUAUUUUUGCUAUUUUUAUUGUUAAUGUUUUCCAUGCGUCUCUCGAAGCCUUAUUUUAUUAUUAAAAAUAUUUAGUAUAUUUUCUACUAUAUUUCUCUUGGUUUUUUUCAAAUUCGCGCAUUCUUUCAGGCUUAAAAAUCGUUCAAGACUGUGUUUGUAUUUUUUAAUUGAGAGAUGAUUUAAUUAUUGUACCAGUCUCCUAGCAGCGAAAAAAGAAAUUUUGUUCUUGUCUUUUUUGGGGUACACCCCAACUUACCGCGAGCCCAACUUGUCGCAGAGCUAUAAGUUCGUUCAGAAUGGUCGAAUCCGUGACGCCCUGGUGUGUUUCGAUUCAGCUCGUCGAGGCGCAUCGAACCAUACCAAAGCGUACCGGAUUCGACAAUUCUGAACGAAGUUAUAGCUCUGCGUUAAGUUGGGCUCGCAGUGUGUUGGCCUGCUCCCUUUUUGUUUAUUUUUUAUCCAAAAUUUUUUUUUCCUUUAAUUUUUAUUAAUUUUUAGACAUAUCCCUUUAUUAAAAAAUAUUAUAUUCACAAAAAUAAAUGGCAUCGGCUACCACUUCUCGGGGUGAAAUUGACGCACCUUUGGCAGUUAUGCAAGAUACGGGAACUAAAGUAAUAAUGACAAUAAUGGUGCCGGGAAUGAAAAAACGUGGAGGCCUUCUUUUGACUUUAAAGCGUUGGCUACAUAUCAAAUCAAAAGACCCUUUUGCCUUAGCUUCAAAUGUUAAGUUUGGACAAUACUCUUUAACUGAACAGAGCAUGUCUUUGUUAAUGGAAGUUUAUUGUGACAAGUCUGCAAUGAGUAAACGGUCAGAAGAUUGUAAACGUUUUGUUGUUAGUAUUGGACGUUUCCCGACGCAAAUUAAUCCUAAUAGUGUUGGUUACAAUGUAAGUUUAGAAUUUAGAGGAGAUUAA